AUGAAGCUCGCUGUCUCACUUACGAACAUGCUUGGUGAAUUCGUUGCUAUCCAGAAAAGCCCUGAAUUCAAGCCGUGUUCUGCUUCGAUGCAAGAAUUGGACAGGGCCAUCAAAGAGGAGAAAAAGGAGUACACAUUGAAGGUUUGUGAAAUUCCAUACAUUCAUAGUGUUGUCCGAGACAGAUGUGUGCCUCAGGAGGUUAGCUCAAGCCCAUGUGGACGUGUAACGAUGCGGCCAACUAGUGAAAAACGAAGAGACCGACCUUCAAGCCUUGUGGAGCGAUUUGUACAAAGAAUCAGUCCAUCCAGACCGACUGAGGUCAGUUUUUUUUCCGCAUUCCUAAGAUUCCUUCGGGGUAUGAUCUCUCCGUUUGGCGAAUUUUGCCUAUUUUGA